GGCGGUGUUUGUGUGGGGCCACUCCUUCACCGCUGCUGCUGCUGCUGCUGCUGCGGGGCUGGAGCUCAAUCCGCUCACUAGAUCUCCAGCAACAGCAGGAGCAGCGGUCGGACCGGAGAAUGGUUGCUGUCCGCAGAACAUAGAUGUGCAAAGCCCCUGGAAUAUCCGAGCGCUGGAGAGGCCAGAAACAACAGCCGUGGAGGACAGCCUACAUUUAAGCUUCAAAAGGGAAAGACCUACGGUGAAGCCAUGGCGGUAGAAGAAGAAGGUCUUCGGGUUUUCCAGAGCGUAAAAAUAAAAAUAGGGGAAGCAAAAAACAUUCCUCCAUAUCCGGGACCGAACAGGAUGAGGGACUGCUACUGCACCGUCAACCUGGACCAAGAAGAGGUCUUCAGGACCAAGAUUGUGGAAAAGUCACUUUGUCCUUUCUACGGGGAGGAUUUCUACUGCGAGAUCCCACGCAGCUUCAGACAUCUCUCCUUCUACAUUUUCGACAGGGACGUGUUCAGGAGGGACUCCAGCAUUGGCAAAGUUGCCGUGAAGAAAGAGGACCUGCAGAAAUACCAUGGGAAAGACACCUGGUUCCAGCUGCAGCCUGUCAGCGCUGACUCAGAAGUGCAGGGAAAAGUUCACCUUGAGCUGCGCCUGAGUGAAGUUAUCACCGACAGUGGAGUGGUCAACCAUAAACUGGCCACACGAGUGUUGGAGUGCCAAGGCCUUCCAAUCGUCAAUGGACAGUGUGAUCCCUACGCUGCUGUUUCCUUACUCGGUCCUUCGAGGUCAGAGGCCAAGAAGACCAAGGUUAAGAGGAAAACCAACAAUCCCCAGUUUGAGGAAACUUUCUACUUUGAGGUUACGCGGCCACUGAGCUACACGAAGAGACAGUUUGAUGUUGAAGAGGAGGAUGUUGACAAACUGGCUCUGAGGGUGGAUCUGUGGAACGCCAGCAACCUGAAGUUUGGGGACGAGUUCCUGGGUGGGGUGCGAGUCCCCCUGCGGGUUUUGGGCCAAGCUGGAGUGCACGAUGCCUGGUACUUUCUGCUACCCAGGGAGAACGGAGGGAAGUCUGUGAAAGUGGAAGACCUCGGCUCUCUGCGUCUAAACAUCGUUUACACCGAGGACCACGUCUUCCCCUCCGAACACUACACUCCCCUCAGAGAUCUGCUGCUGCAAUCUGCUAACGCAGAGCCUGUGUCGGCGUCCACCGCACACAUUCUGGGGGAGGUGUGUCGAGAGAAGCAGGAAGCCGCCAUCCCGCUCGUGCGUCUCUUUCUUCAUUACGGCAAAAUAGUGCCUUUCAUCAGUGCCAUUGCUCAUGCAGAAAUCAACCGCACACAGGAUCCAAACACCAUUUUCCGGGGAAACUCGCUGACUUCGAAGUGUAUCGAUGAGACCAUGAAGCUGGCUGGGAUGCACUAUCUGCAAGUUACGCUAAAACCGAUCAUAGACGAGAUUUGCACAGAACACAAAUCUUGCGAAAUCGACCCAGUCAAGCUCAAGGAGUCGGAGAACUUGGAGACAAACAGAGAAAACCUUCGCCAGUACGUGGACCGCAUCUUCAACGUCAUCACCACCUCCGGUGUCCGCUGUCCCACUGUCAUGUGCGACAUCUUCUUCUCCCUGAGGGAGUCGGCAGCCACUAGGUUUCAAGUUGACCAAGAUGUCCGAUACACGGCCGUCAGCAGCUUCAUCUUCCUGCGAUUCUUUGCGCCGGCCAUCCUCUCACCAAACUUGUUUCACCUACGGCCUCAUCACCCAGAUCCCGCCACUUCAAGGACCCUCACUCUCAUCUCCAAGACAAUACAGACUCUUGGAAGUCUCGCCAAGUCUAAAUCUGCCAAUUUCAAAGAGUCCUACAUGGCUGCGUUUUACGACUACUUCAAUGAGCAGAAAUAUGCAGAUGCUGUAAAGAAUUUUCUGGACCUGAUCUCCACUUCUGGCAAAUGGGAUCAGAAAAGCAUUGAAACACCGAUCAUGCUCAAGGAGGGGAGUGUAAAAGUGACUAUAAAGAGGGUUGAUGGGAAGGGGCCUAAAGCCCCAAAGGGCAGAUUUAUGAUAAAGAGAGCUCAGGGCAGAAACCGGUUUGGGAUAAAGAACUUCAAGAAAAGAUGGUUCCGACUCACCAACCACGAGUUCACCUAUCACAAAACAAAAGGAGAGGGCGCGCUGUGCAGCAUUCCUAUAGAGAACAUCUUGGCCGUGGAGAGGCUAGAAGAGGAGUCGUUCAAGAUGAAAAAUAUGUUCCAGGUCAUUCAGCCGGAGCGAGCGCUUUACAUCCAAGCCAACAACUGUGUGGAGGCCCGAGACUGGAUAGACAUCCUGACCAAAGUCAGCCAGUGCAACCGCAAACGCCUGAGCACCUACCACCCGUCAGCCUACCUCAAUGGCCACUGGCUCUGCUGCAAGCUGUCCGCAGACACGGCCCCGGGGUGUACGCCCUGCACCGGCGGCUUACCUGCAAACAUCCAGCUUGACGUAGAUGGAGACAGAGAGACUGAGAGGAUUUACUCCCUCUUCGGCACAUACAUGACCAAACUGAUCAAAAUGCAAGAGGCCUGUGGAAGUAAGUCCGUGUACGACGGGCCAGAACAAGAGGAGUAUUCCACCUUUGUCAUCGACGACCCCCAGGAGACGUACAAAACCCUGAAGCAGAUCAUCUCGGCUGUGCAGACGCUGGAGCAGCAGCACACCAAGUACAAACGGGACAAGUUCAAGAAGACAAAGAUAGGCAGCCAGGAGCAUCCGAUUGGAGACAAGAGCUUUCAGUGCUACAUUCGCCAGCAGUCUGAGAACACCACCUACUCUAUCUAGCAGCAGCCCUGCAUAUUUUUCUCUCUUCUGCCCAGAACCAGCAAUUUUUUUUCUUUACUGCAAGAAAGCCCAACUCUAAAGCAGCCCAGGGUGUUCUGUUGAGUCGUAAAUCUGUCUUUUUCUUUUUCGAGAUAAGAUGAAAAAGGACAGGUGCGUCCAAGCCAAAUAAUUUUUCCGAGGUAACUCAUGAGCUGCUUUGGCAACAGGGAUCCCCUGAUUUACUGAUUUGUUCAGUUGUUAAGGAAACCCGAUGCCAGACUUUAAGAGCUGCAUUGUGUCGGUUGGACCACACAACAGCGUCUCCGAACGCAUUCCACAAAAAUUGGAGAAACAAACAUCAGAUCAGUGCAAAGAAAGAAGGGAUGCAAAAGCUGAGCCAUUCACACCACGCUUACAUCAGCCCUGACGUCCCUUCUGCGGUGCGACGAGAGAAUAAACUAAGCAUUUUCAGUGGACACUGUUCAUGGUGACCAACACGCACUUUAAUUGCCUCCAGAUCCUUGGAUGAACAAGCCUCACAGCACACUUUGUCUAAGUGUAUUUUUUUCUUAAUGAUCGGUGAAAUGUUUUACUGCAUUUCGCCUCCGACAGACCAAACUUAAGAAGGAAGAAAGGACUUUGUCCCUAUGCACUUGUGUGUGUGGUUUUUCUUUCUUUUUUUCUUUUUUUUGUUAUUGUUCUGUUUUGUCCCAGUUCCACUCUUGUAAGGCUGCAAGUGUCAAGGGGACAAAAGAAGGGAUCACUGGGACCAAGGAAAUCUGAAAGUAGCUCAACGUUAGCUGUAAAUUCUCACUCCACGCACAAUUGUAUGUUUCUGUUUCAUUGUUAUCAUCAGCACGGUAAGCCUGGUUUAGUUUCUCACGUACAUCUGUGACCUGUAUAGAGGAUAGAAGAGAAUACUGCUGGUGUCAUUAGCUGCUUACACAGAGUCUUUGUGUGCUCUAACAUGACUUGACUGCAUCCACCACUAAAAUCAGUUCCACAAAGUCCCAGGUACUCUCAACUCCAACAAAGUUGGGUGUAAUGUUGGUUGCAUUGGUGACACGUUGGAUAAUAACGUGUCAUCACAUGAGAGUUUGGCUCUCAUGUGAUAAUACAACUUGUUGCCAGUUUAGAGCCACCAUCAGUAGGGUUCUGGUCAUUUCACCACAUCGUACUUUUGCAGUUUUAGUCGUUUUGUAGACUUCUGUUUCCGAAGAAAAUAGGAGCCACUCUUCCUAUCUAUCUAUCUUCUGAUGAUUUUGUACCUGCUUUAAAAACCUUUCAUACAAAAUCAGUUUAUGUUGUGUAACAACCUAAAAGUGGUUAUCUACCAGCUGGAGGACUCUUUGGGUCAUUUUGGUCCCGUCGGGGAGGAUUAGCGCUCAUAUUUCAAGUAGCCCAAACAGAGAUUAGAAACAGAAAUACUGGAAAUAGUGUCAUAUAAAUUCUUAAAAAAUACAAUUAUAAAAAAAUGGGAAAAAAAAUUAUAAGCUGGGUGCAAAUUUGGCAAAAGAGCGGUUGUUUUUAAUCUACGAACACAGCUGUACUAGAGGCAUUUAGAAAAUGAUCUCAAUAUAAUGCCACACAGUAAAAAACAUGAAGGCACAUCGGUGAAUAUUCAAAUAAAUCAGACCCUGGAAGCUUUCAAGCACCUGUGGAUCUGGAGUCCCAAUUUUUAAGGCAGAUAAACAUAUAUUCAUUUUAUUUUUUUAUUUUUUAUUGAAAUGCCGCUUUCACACUAAUGUAGCUGCUGUAUAUUAACAAAACUGAGAAACAAAAUUCUCCAUUCAAGCUAUAAUCGCACAUGCUGCUUGGACUUUUUUUUAUUUUUCUUUUUACUCUGUGUAGGUAGCUAAAGUCACUUUACUUAUUUCAUUUACAUGCAGUGUGUUAGAAAAAGCCAUUACAAAGAUUUAUUUUCCCUCCUACUAUUCCAUUUAAUCUAACACAAGCCGUAUUUUUUGACAUGGUUUGUGUGGAGCUGACUUGUGUUGCCAUAAAGGUGCAGUCCUUGUGUUCGAUGGGUCCUCUUGGAGAACUUGCCUCCUCUUCCCCUCCUUGUGUUGUGAAUUAUCUUAUUUUUGUGCAUUCCUCUGAGAAGCUGUCCGCUGUGAAUCUUACCGGACGCCAGCUCAGAAUCCGUUGAAGGUACAGGGUUUAUUGUUCUUGCUUGGUUCUUUUUGUCCCUUCGCUCUUUCCAAAGGCAGCCACUCUGACUUGAGCUCUCACUCUUGCCAAACCAGUGCAUGUGAAGUGUAGCCGUAGCCCCGAUGGACUCUUGAAAACAAAAGAAGCAGAUUUUGUAUUUUCUGAAACUCAGCUCAUGUACAGUAUAUUUAGCCUCACAGGUGUUCCCGUGAAAACAGGAUCCCAACCAGUGCCAGUCAUGAUUUUUUCUAAUAUCAACUUUUUAAAAAGCAAUCAAAUAAAAAAAAAUAAAAAAACUGUUAUUUAGAGAUGUAUUUUUCGUCUAACUCAGCCUGAACUGUUUUUAAAGCAGCUGAACGCUUAUUCAAGCAACAUUCUUCUCGUCUUUGAUGACUGUGGUGAAUUUUAGGGAAGCUUCUUGUUUUCUAUGUUGUCAUACGCAAACCUUGAACUGAAUGACUGGAGUAAGUGUGUGUGCGUGCACGUGCGCAUGUGUGUUUGUGUGUAUUCUUGUGGUGUUUUGAUGAUGGAUUUUAUCAACAAUUAAUUUAAACCUUUUGUAACAGGUCAUUUAUUAAAAACAACCACUGCCCACUAUCGUGCUAAGGACACUGUUUCCCCACUUUGGCCUGUUUUAGUGCUCCCCUUAUAAAUAUAUUUUAUUCUUCUCCUCUAGAAAAAGAAAGAAAUUCCUAGUAAAUGAUCAUUUGUGAAUUAUUAGGAAAACAGUGUUGCUUUGACUUCUGAACAGUUUUUCUUUUUUUCUCUUCAGUUGCUAAUGCUCCUCAGGUGUAUGAGACUGAUAUUUAUUAUAAUUUUUCCAGUAAAGAGCCUGCUGAGGUGGUGCAGCGAUGGCAGUUACGGUAAAAGCACCUCCUCCAUCCCAAAAGCCCCCAAAUAAAGGGGGGACUGAAUUAUGCAAUAAAGACGAUAUGCAAUAAUACCACAAAUCAACAGUUUGCGUCUGCUGACCUUUUUGCAGGAAAAUGCCUCUAAUAGCAGAGAGAUGGUAUAAAGGGAGAACAGUGUAUUUUGUACAAAUAUUUUAAAAGUAUUAAAAUAAGUGUGUUAUUAUGUGUACAUACAACAGCUGAAUGAACGGUGCAAAUGUGAUGUGUUUUUUUUUUCCUGAAUAACUAAAUGAAUACAAUAUUAAUGUAAA